GCUGCUCUGUCUGACAGUCCCUAACCUAUGGCUUCGGUUCGUUCGUUCACAUCUCUCCCCAAACUUUUGGCGAACAUUUAGAAAAUCCAAAACACACACUCUCUCUCUCUCUCUAAAACGCUUUCUCUCUUUAAAAGCUUUCUCUUUCUCUCUCAAUCAACGGUCUCUGCAAAACCCUAGCAUGCCUUGCCUCCGCCGCCUUUCACUGUUCCGAAGCGAGAAAAGAAGAAGAGCAUGAGCCACACCUGGUCAGGAGGAUGGCGAUUUUACAAGAGUUCAAAGUGUUGUUAGAAAGGAUCAAUAUUUCUGGAAGGAUAUUUGAAUUUUGAAGAUUUUGAUUGUGUUCUGUGAAAAUUGAGGGUUUUGUAGUGAUUCUGCAUAUUGCCAAUGGCAGAAGACGGCCUACGGAUUGGUGGGCUUUCUUCUGGUUUGGCUGUAAUCUUGAAGGGUGAGGAUGGCAGAGAGAAUUCGUCAAAAACCCGUCUUGUUUCACAUUGUGAUGAUUUUUGUCACCAGUCUGUGGAGCGAAUGAUUGAAUAUGUAUUUGGUCUCCCUCACAAAUCAAUUGGUCCAUUGACUAGUCCAGUUGACAGCAAUUUUGUUCGCUCUAUUGCAAAGAGUGAGUUCUCAAAGUUUUAUGAGAGCUCGGGCUCUUUGGUUAGAAAUAGGGAUGGACUUUGUAUAUUUGAUAAUGGCUGUGGUCCCCUUGUCAUUGGUCUUGAAGAUAUCAGCAUUUGUGGUGAUAUAAGAAUUAUUAAGUCACCAUUGCUUGUAGAGAGCUUAGCAAUGUUCAGUAGUGCCAGGGCUAAUGCUUGUGUUUGGAAAGGAAAAUGGAUGUAUGAAGUUAUCUUAGAAACUUCAGGUGUACAACAGCUUGGAUGGGUAACUCUUUCUUGCCCUUUCACUGAACAUAAGGGUGUAGGUGAUGCUGAUGAUUCAUAUGCAUUUGAUGGAAGAAGGGUUAGGAAAUGGAAUAACAAAGCUGAGGAAUAUGGUCAGUCAUGGGUUGUUGGUGAUGUCAUUGGAUGUUGCAUAGAUUUGGAUUAUGAUGAGAUUUCAUUCUACAGGAAUGGCGUCUCACUUGGAGUGGCUUUUCAUGAGAUUCGCAAAAUGGGGCCUGGUUUUGGGUAUUAUCCAGCAAUUUCUCUUUCUCAAGGUGAACGUUGCGAAUUAAAUUUUGGGUCCCGCCCCUUUAAGUACCCGAUUGAAGGAUAUUUCCCAAUUCAAGCUCCUUCCUCUGUAACUUCUUUUGCUACACAGUUGCUGCAAUGCUUGUCAAGGCUUUUGGAUAUGCAACGGAAAGAGCAGGGUGACCAUGCUUCUGUUGAGAAAUUGAGGAGAUUGAAGAGGUUUGUUUCAUUUGAAGAACUUUUUGAUCCUGUAUUCCAUGGGAUAUGUGAAGAAUUUUUCUCUAUACUUGAAGCAGAUGCUGGGAGUUUGGAGUAUAUAGGUCGAGGUCCAUUUCUGUCAUUCAUGAUGGAAGUGUUUGGAGUGCAGGCACCACAUGAUUAUUUAAGCUUGGAUAGAGCUAUCGACAUCUUUCUAGAAUUUGAAAAAUCUCAUUUGUUAUUUGAGCACCUGAUAAAUGCCCUUUCAUGUGGUUGUAAAACAGCACCAUUUGUUCUAGCAGAAUGCCCAUAUUCAGGAUCAUAUUCUUAUCUUGCAUUGGCCUGUCAUAUCUUAAGACGAGAAAAAUUAAUGAUGCUUUGGUGGAAGUCAUUAGAUUUUGAAUUCUUGUUUGAAGGAUUUCUUUCACUGAAGUCUCCAAACAAGGAGGAUCUUGAGUGCAUGAUGCCUUCAGUGUGGUGGCCUGGUUCAUCUGAGGACGUGUCCUGUGAGAGUGGCAUGAUUUUGACAACUACUGCUUUAUCCAAAGCAAUUAGUAAGAUAGAGGAGAAGCAUAGGGACCUUUGUCGCUUGGUCAUUCAAUUCAUACCACCUAUUGCACCUCCUCAGUUGCCUGGUUCAGUGUUCAGGAAAUUUUUACAGAAUCUUUUAUUAAAGAAUAGAGGAGCAGAUCGUAAUGUACUGCCUCCUGGACUUUCAAGCAACUCUGUUCUUGUUUCUUUGUACACAGUCAUACUCCAUUUUCUAUCUGAAGGAUUUGGUACGGGGGACGUCUGUGGCUGGUUGAAGAGCUGCGAAACUGACCCUGAUGUUGGUUUUCUUCAUAGGGGCGGCCAACAAAGUUUUCCCAUGUACUUGUUUCUGAAAAAUGAUCCUCAUCGAACUGGCAUAUCUAGGCUUGGAGGGUCAUUCAAUCAUCUAUUGAAAUCAAAUCCUGCAAAGAAUGAGGAAGCAGAGGUGAUCCGGUGGGAGGAAGGCUGUAUGGAUGAUGAAGAAAACAGAGUAACUCAUUUAACCAGGCAGAAACCAUGUUGUUGUUCAAGUUCACGGUAUGAUGACUUCACAAGAAUCUCAAAGGAUCCAAUUAUAUACACAGCCAAAAGUUCUACUGGCCAUUGCAACCAUAUUCCAGAGAGAUCGGCUCAUGUUGCUACAGAAUGUAGUGCUGGAACUUUGAAUGAUGAGAUAGCAAAUAAGCCUAGCUCCAGUGAUCAAUCUGAAUCUGAAUUGGAUUAUCGUCCGGUCCAACAUGUGAUGAUUGUACCCAGGGAAUGUAAUGUGUCUUCAGCUACACUAACAGAAGAAGAACUUCUGGAUGCUUUACUGUUAUUGUAUCACAUAGGCCUUGCACCAAACUUUAAGCAGGCAUCAUAUUACAUGUCUCAUCAGUCACAUUCAAUCUCUGUUCUGGAGGAAACUGAUAAACAAAUAAGAGACGGAACUUGCACUGAGCAAUUGAAGCGUUUGAAAGAAGCUCGGAAUCUCUAUCGUGAAGAAGUUAUUGACUGUGUGAGACAUUGUGCAUGGUACCGCAUUUCUCUCUUUUCUCGAUGGAAGCAAAGAGGGAUGUAUGCUACGUGCAUGUGGAUUGUCCAAUUGCUUCUGGUUCUUAGCAGAGUAGAUUCAGUGUUCGUUUACAUCCCGGAAUUUUACUUGGAAGUUCUGGUUGACUGCUUUCAUGUGUUGCGUAAGAGCGAUCCCCCAUUUGUUCCCCCUGCGGUAUUUGUCAAGCAGGGACUUGCUUCAUUUGUCACUUUUGUAGUUGCCCACUUCAAUGACCCAAGGAUAUCAAGUGCAGAUCUUAAGGAUCUUCUCCUUCAAUCUAUAUCGGUUCUGGUCCAGUACAGGGAAUAUUUGACUGCUUUUGAGAGCAAUGAAACAGCAAUCCUGAGGUUGCCAAAAGCAUUGCUGUCGGCAUUUGAUCAAAGAUCCUGGAUCCCAGUUACCAAUAUUCUUCUGAGGUUGUGUAGGGGUUCUGGCUUUGGUUCUUCCAAGCAUGGGGAAUCAUCAUCAUCGUCAGUGGUUUUCCAGAGAUUACUACGGGAAGCCUGCAUCAAUGACAAAGACCUGUUCUCAGCUUUCCUCAACCGCUUAUUUAAUACUCUCAGCUGGACAAUGACUGAAUUCUCAGUUUCCAUUCGAGAAAUGCAAGAAAAAUUCCAGGUAGUAGAGUUUCAGCAAAGAAAAUGCAGCGUAAUAUUUGAUCUCUCAUGCAAUCUUACCAGGGUAUUGGAGUUCUGUACCCAUGAAAUUCCUCAAGCAUUCCUGUUGGGAACUGAUACAAACCUUCGACGGCUAACUGAACUGAUUGUCUUUAUUUUGAACCAUGUAACGUCAGCAGUGGAUGCAGAGUUUUUUGACUUGUCACUUAGACGACAUGGCCAUUCUUUAGAGAAAGUGAACCGAGGCAUGAUAUUGGCACCUCUUGUGGGGAUCAUCUUGAAUUUGUUGGAUGCUAGUUCUGGGGCAGAGUGCAGGGAGCACAAUGAUGUUGUGGGUGUAUUUGCAAGCAUGGACUGCCCUAAAACUGUUCAUUGUGGUUUCCAGUAUCUCUUGAAUUAUAACUGGGCAGGAUCCUUCAGGGGGGAUGUGAAUCUUGGAAAACUUGGGCGGCUGGAGAAAUUUGCAAGCAUCAUUAUUAGCCGGACUGAGUCACAAGUAAUUGAUGAAAUGGGAUAUGGGGGGGAAAUUGAUGGGGAUGAUAGCACGUGCUGCAUCUGUUAUUCAGGUGAAGCAGAUUCCCAGUUUGUGCCUUGUUCCCAUAGAUCUUGUCACGGCUGUAUAACCAGGCAUCUUUUAAAUUGCCAGAGAUGUUUCUUUUGCAACGCAACAGUUGUAGAGGUUGUCAGGAUUAGCAAUGAGCUCUGAGCUAGUUGGUAUUUAUCCAGUGUCUAUGCUUGGAGGUUGUCGGGAUUGCAAUGCACGCUGAGCUAUUGUUUAAGCUUGAAGGCCAAAUUUGGUGAAGGCAGUGGUACACUAGCUAGAAAAAAAGAUAGGAGGGGGGCAUGCCAGCAUACAUAUCACGUGACACAGAUUUGAAGUUUUAUGUACAAAUCGACUAAAUUAAAGUACACGGGGGUCUAAAUGCGCCAACUCCAAGUGCAAAAACAACUCUAAUGUUCAAGAGGUCUAAUUUUGAUUAACGGAGAAUGGUAGUCUAUGGGGUCGGGCAGAUAUUCUCAUGGGGUUUUAAAGAAUUUUGUAGAUAAUUUUGAGGGCGUUACUUUGUAAAUAUGAGGUGUAAAUGUUAAGGACAUUUUUCUCAGUAUUCAGAAAUUUCUGCAAGGUGUCUGAAUUGAGAAAUUCAGUUUAAUUUGGUCAUA